AUGUUUCAGCCUCAACCCACGCCUUUUGCCUCCUCCAGCUUCGCGUCGUAUGGCCUAGCUUCCAACUUGGACUUUGGCUUUCCCGUGUCCGCUGGAGGUGGAGGUGCUAACACUGCUGCGACCACCACAACCAACGCUACUACUACGGCCACUUCCACCGCUGGAUACUACAACCCUUCAGCGCCCUCACAGCAGCAGCAGCAGCAGCAACUUGCCCAGUCGCAUUCACAGCUGCAAUCGCAAUCGCAAUCUCACACUCAUCAACCACAACAACAAUUACCUUUGCACCACCAACACCAGAACCAACACCAACACCAACAUCCGCCCCAGCCGCAUCUUGUUCACCACCAGCAUAUUUCCCCUCGACAACGACAACUUUCCACCUCAGCCGCACCUUCCGCCUCAUCGCCCUACUCCAACUCUGCCUCUGCCUCUGCUUCUGUUUCUACGCCUUCGCAAACCUCAAACUCAAACCCUUCUUCCUCACCAAGCUUAGCGCAACUUCAGAACCACACAAGACUACACCAACACCAACACCGCCACCAGCAAUACCCAACCCAGGUGGUGCUCAAGAUGGAGGAUCAAGGCCAGCACGGCAUGGCCGCCCAGCAGGAUGCUGCUCGUCACUAUCAGCCUGUUCUCGAGGGCCUCAAAGUUGGGAACAAAAUCCUCAGCGAUGCCAUUACCAACGAGUACGCAAAGGCCGACCCUGUUUACGUUGAAAAGACAAUCGCCCUCCCCCAGACCUACUCUCACUAUCGCCCUAUUAUGGGCGACGGCAACUGUGGUUGGAGAGCAAUUGGCUUCAGCUAUGUCGAGAAGCUCAUUGAGUCGGGCGACCAGGCCAAGGUCGAGGGCGAGGUCGCCCGUCUCAUGAGUAUGAAUCCUUUGCUGACCACCGUGGGGAACUACCCAUACUGGGAAGAAAUGGCAGACGAGGUGUUGGAUCUUUUGAGAGAAGUCGCCCAGAAUGUCUCCUCCAACCCCCAGUACGCCCAUCAGUUGAACCAGGACAAGUGGAACGAGCCCGGGACUUCGGACAGCAUGAUUUACUACCUUCGUCUCCUCGUCGGAACAUUUAUCAAGAACGAUCCUGCUACUUACGAACCCUUUCUGACCGACGGUGUGGCGGGUUACUGUGCUCAGCAGAUCGAUAUCCCUAACCGUGAGAUUGACGAGAUCAGUCUCUCCGCCCUCGUCCAGAUCCUACUCAAACCCGUCGGCUUUGUCCUCGAGGUUGCCAUGCUCGACCGCAGCCUAGGCAGUGAAGUGAACCAUUUUCGCUGGCCCCAAGAAGCUAACGGGCAGAACGAGGCCGACUUGGGCCCCAUUAUCUACUUACUCUACCGACCCGGCCACUACGACAUUCUGUACAAGUUGAUGACCACACAGGUGCUUCGAGUUAGCGGUUUUACGCACAACACCAACAUCACGACCGAUCAAGCCAAUCUUGGUCAAUACACGACCAUGAACUUUGAUGCCUUGUCCAUCAUCCCAGGCUUCAGCAGUUCUGCUGGUAUGGGGGGUCUCGCACAGUUUGCACCACCUCCACCUUCUAGUGCCGCAGAGUCCUUCUCGCCCAUACAGCAAAGCCCCUGGAUAUCGUCCUUCCCCGAGCCUUUGCCUGCGCCGGCACCGCGAGCAGCACCCCCUCCGCUACCAGCCAUCAUGGCGAGUCCUCAACCUCCUACACCACCCGCUUCGAUAUCCGGCAGCUCUGCGAUAGCACCUAGUCCAGCCAUGAUUGCUCCCUCUGGACCUCCAAACUCUCUCCCUCUGCGAACUGCUGCUUCUAGUUAUCAUAUCCGAUUCAGCCCGGUUCAAUUGGAGUACGACGAGGGCAAAAACAGCUUUCCAGAUUCGACAUUCCAGGUGACGACCAAUACGUUUAAGAACAGUAUUUGGAACCGAGCGCAUUACUGCAACCCCAAUUUCCACCCCGAAGAAUGGAAUCCCGACGAUGACCAUGCGGAGGGUAGAGGCGGAGGUAAACGCAGAGUGAAGAAGGAGAUGUCCUAA